CACCAGGGAGUAACGAGAGGCUCUUGAACCCCACCACCAUCAGGGAGUAACGAGAGGCUCUUGAACCCCACCACCACCAGGGAGUAACGAGAGGCUCUUGAACCCCCCCACCACCACCAGGGAGUAACGAGAGGCUCUUGAUUGUGUUGCACGAGACAAAAAUCACAUCUCUCACCACCCUAGAGACUCACAACUCAUCACAACCACAACCUCAUCGAAUCUACAGCCAAAACAUACCUCCAACACCCUCAACGAAGGAAGGACUAAUUCUUCCCCCAAACACAACACCACAGAACACAGCCACAAGGGGAGAGAAAAGGAUUCGUCUUUAAUUAACACAACAAGACAACAACGACAAAUUCACAUCACUGUUGAAGAUAAAAAAAAAGAGAGGAAAAUAAAUAACAAUCGACAAAAAAAACUGAAACAUUAUCAGUAUAGAGUGGACCAGUCAGCCAGUCAGUGAACCAGCCAGUCAUCCAGUCAGCCAGUCAGCCAACCACAACAAUGCUACAAGAGAGAACAGCUGGGACGCAUCGCCACCUCCUCCUCUUCCUCCUCCUCCUACUACAACUACUAUUCAUGACAGGGGGGACGACCGCUACUGGGAGAGGACCAGACUUCGUGGGACAGAUCGCCAACGUGACCGUGACAGCAGGACGUGACGCUGUUCUUACCUGUACUGUCGAGCGUCUCAGGGAGUACAAG